AUACCAUCAUUUGUUCCACCUCCAAAAUGCGUGACUGCAACGACAAUGUUCCAAUAUGGCGUGUGGUGAUACCAUUUAUAGUUUUUUUGUCAGUCUAUUUAUAUCUGUACACGAACGCCUUUUAUGGAAUGCAGACUUCUCCAGUGUUCUUGGUUGAUGAAAGAGAUUUGCAGGCUGUGCGGAAAAACAAGUUUGGAUCUGUUACACAAUUUCUAAAACUAAUAGAACAAUCCGAUGAGAGUCUUACAAUAGAAGUUCCUGCCUCAGAUUUAAAAUCAACUUCUACCACCACAAAACCAACCACUAAAGCAAAGCAAACGCAAAAUAUGUCAGCUCGUGAAAAUACUAAAAUGGUGGAAAAAUAUAAGUCUGAAAUUCUAUUAAAUAAUUCGGAACCUUUACUCACACUCUUUACUUCUUGGAAAGAUAGUCCAGAAAAAUACUUAUUGCACAAUUUAACGUUAUAUAAUUGGGUGGCUUUGCGUCCGUUUGUGAUACCUGUGAUCUUUACAAACGAAAUAUCAGUCGCUGAAGAAUGCGCAAGGAAUGGUUGGGAAGUAAGGCAUGUAUAUGUAACAGCAGCAGACGGCGUACCUGUAUUAAAAUAUAUGUACAAAGACGUGAUGAAUAGUUAUAAUUCUACGUUUUACGCUUAUACUAACGGUGACAUUUUAUUUACUGAUACGCUCAUACAAACGUUACUUUGUCUAAGAAAUUCAAGUUUAAAUUUAGAUAAACCUGUAUUAAUGGUUGGCAAGAGGACCAAUGUCCUUAAUGUGACAGAAUCAGAAGGAUCUACCUGGGUUAAUAUCACAAAAAUGGUCGAAGAGCGGGGUCAACUCUUCACCGGUUGGGCGGAGGAAUACUUUAUUUCUACGCGCUCAUUUCCAUGGAGUGAUAUAGCAGACGUUGUAAUAGGGCGGAGAGCAUACGAUAACUGGCUAGUUUAUUAUUCUAGAAAAUCCAAAUAUACUGUGAUUGAUAGUACAAAAACACUUCUAGCUGUGCACCAGACGACAAAAGCUGGCAACCAUGAAGGACAUGGUCAUACAAAUAAAGACUACAAUCACAAUUUACUGGUGAAGAUAUACAAACGUAUUAAAUAUAACCUUGGCGUAAUAGAAUGUGUUGAGAAAUAUACAGCCUAUGAAAAUGGUAUUGCUGUUGUUAAAUCCAGAGUUGUUCGCACAUCAUGCAUGACUUGAAAGUAGGCGAUGUGCAGCUUCGAACCUUAGCUAGCACGCGGUGAAACUAUUUAGCUGACUUCCACCAGCAAGGAGCUUUAUUAAUUACAGCGGACAACGACAUGUGGAAGUCUUGACAAUAAUGUUUAAUAUUACUAUUUGCUUUGUAUAGUAGUGUUCUUUUUACAAUAGAGGAAUAAGUCAUGGAGAUUUCUCAUGUCAAUAUUACCAAUUCAUCCAUUUUAAAGCAUCUUAAAAAAAAACAUA